GCGGCCGAGCGCUGGCCGGGCUGUAGCGGUCGGUCGGGGGCAUGGAGAGGCCGGGCCCGGCAGCGGGGAAGCUGAACGCGGGCGGCGGGGCCCCUCCGCAGCAGGCGGCGCAGCGGGCGGCGGGCGCCGAGCCGGCCGAGCUGAUCCAGCGCGCGCUGGACUUCAAGGGCCAAGGGGCGCAGUGCUACAAGGACAAGAAAUUCCGCGAGGCCAUCGGCAAGUACCACCGCGCCCUGCUCGAGCUCAAGGGGCUCCCGCCGCCCCGCGACGAGCCCGGCCCCGCCGCCGGCCCGCCCGGCCUCAGCGCUGAGCAGCGGCGGCUGGUGGAGACCAUCGAGAUCGACUGCUACAACAGCCUGGCAGCAUGUCUGCUCCAGGCUGAGUUGGUGAAUUAUGAGCGAGUCAAGGAGUACUGCCUCAAAGUACUUAAGAAAGAAGGAGAGAACUUCAAGGCACUCUAUCGAUCGGGCGUAGCAUUCUACCACCUGGGUGACUUCAACAAGGCACUGUACUACUUGAAAGAAGCAAGGUCCCGACAGCCAACAGAUACCAAUGUCAUACGGUAUAUCCAGCUGACAGAGAUGAAGCUUAGCAGAUGUUCCCAGAGAGAGAAAGAAGCCUUGUGAAAAGGAACCUGGCUUCAGUGAAAGUGCCCAAGAGGGACAUUUCCUCCCAGAUGCCCAUUGGCUGGAUUUUUUCCAUUUGCUCCACCCUACCCCCCCCAUCUCUCCAUCCAUCCAUAUUCCCCAUCCUUGCUCUUAAUUUAAUCCUGUUUUAAAAGAAGAAACUCAGACAAUGGAUUUGGCUGCUUGCCAGCACAAUGGUAAUAACUUGGUCCCGUUGAUGGGAGAGCACAAUGGCUGCAACCAGCUUUGUUCCAGGCCAGUGGCAAAAAUGUGGGGUAGGUGAUGGGAGCCUGGACCUGACUGCUGGCUGUGAUUCUGCACUACAACAAGCAUCCCUGACUCGACUACCUACCAAUCAAGGAACAGGGGAUGCAUCGUUUCUCCCGGUAGCUAUCACUGGAAUUCUAUAGAACCAGAAACCCAGGAAAGCUGUUGGCCACUUUGUGAGAGGCAGCAGACACCUCUUUUACCAUCGUUUUUUCUCUCUGCCUUCCACCCCGGUAAGAGUUCACGUGCUACAUAUCCAGGGUCAGUGAAACCUGUUCUAGCCAUCCUUUUACUGAAAGCACACAGCACCCUGUAAUACUCCUAAACAGCACCAGUGCUGGAGAAAGAGGAGCUGGGGUGCCCUGGAACUCUGCCAGUACCAUGACAGUGCACUGUACAGUAUGGGGAACAAAACUAUGGAAUAAUUAUCCAAAUGUAAGUGACAGUUCUUUAAUGGGCAACAAUUCCAGGCAUCACUUCUGGAAGGGACUCUUAGGUUCCUACCGUCCAGAGAGGCAGCAUGGUGUAGUGGAGUCAGCAUGGGGCUGGGAGCCAGGAAUUCCUAAAUUCUUAUCUUGGCUCUGCCAUUGCCUUGCUGUGUGGCCUUUGGCAAGUCACUUAGCCUCUCUGUGCCUCAGUUUCCCCAUCUGUAUCUUGGGGAUAAUACUUCCCUACCUCGCAGGGGUGUUGUGAGGAUUUAUUAGUUAACGUUUGUCAGUAACAUUAUGUAAUGUACAGUGCCGAGUAUUAUUAGUACACUGGAUUGAGGUUGCAAUCUC